CGAGGUUGUUAGCAUCUCACAACAUUUGUCGUUUUUAAUUUUGGUGUUUGAGUUUAGCACUAACACGGUUGAGAAUGCAUCUGUUUGUUGCGAGUGUCGUCUGCGUGGUGCUGGCGCUGAGUUUUCCAGGCAUCGUCUCCAGACUUGAAGACAACUUCACUUACUGCAGUGAGUUCUUUUUUAAGGGAGAGCCUCCACUUAUUUCUGGCAUUCUGGAGAUUUCAGAGCCACAGAAUAAUAAUUUAAAAGUAAUCUGCCAAAAAUACAAGGACAAGAACAGGUAUGCGACACUUUACGACACAGAGAUGAAGAUUCCACUUUUUUCUGCGUACAAAUACACCGGGACCAAUGAGUUCACGAAACCAGAAAUCCCUUGGAUGAUUGAGAUGCAGCUUGAACCUUCAGGUGCUCAAAUGUGUGCGCCAUUUGCCAAACAGGCUAGAUAUAAAGACUACAGGGUAAUAGACACAGUCUACAGACCCAGUGCUUUAUUUCCUAUGAAACACACAGAUGAAAACGAAACGGCUGAAUCUACAUUUACACUGACCAACAGUGUGCCACAGAAUACCUGCUUCAAGGAAGGGAUUUGGACUGAUGUGGAAAAUGCAGUGAUGGGAAACAUGGAUAACUACUGUCUAGAUAACAAUAACAAGACGGUUGCCUAUGUGCUGACCGGAGCCGUACCUGGUGACAAAAACUUGAGCUCAGUGAACAUUCCCUCACAUAUGUGGACGGCAUUUUGCUGCUAUAACAGAGCAACAACAUCAUGCGUCUCUCAGACUUACUGGACUGAAAACAUAAGUAAUAAUAGUGUGGCCAACAUCACGCUUAGAAGCCUGAAGGAACUACAGAUAUUCCUGAACGAAACAUUGGGGAGGAAAGUGGAACUGUUUAACAACAACUGUGUGUAAAUAGCGUUCUUCACUUGGUGCAGUGCAGAUGAGUUGGUUGUUGAUUUACUUCAGUUUUCAUCUAAAUCACUUUUACAAUCAUAGAGCUUUUCUAGAAAAAACUGAUAAGCUCGAAUAUUUAUUAGAACAAAAAUGAAAUAAACGUUAAGUAUGUCUAUAAUAUGUCUAUAAUAAUGCUUGCAAAUGCUUGGAUAUUUAUCCAAAGUGACUUACAAGAAUUAGGAAACAAUGAUGCGAUAUAUUAUAGUCGGGCAAUUAUAUGGGCGUAUUAGAAUAUUGUAAACUUUAUCUGUGUUGGCCAAACUAAUCUUUACACAUGGUUUGUACACUUUAGAUCCUCACACUUACCUCUCACAAUCUGAGAUAGGACAAUGUUAAGUUUGAAUGAUGCUGGGACAUGCUGAGUCCAAUUCCAAAUUACUGGAACACUGUAAAUAUGGACCGGACCUUAUUUGCUUCCCAGUCUUAGGGAUCUUUUCUGAUCUCUCUAUGUUGUUAAAUAGUAAAUUCAUUUAAAAUGUUAAUCCAUAAUUUAUUUAAAUUGAUUGUUCCACAAAAUAUUUACAAUUAAAUUAAUACUCUACAGUGUUGAGUGUAACUAGUUACUAAGUAAUUAUUCCCCUUGAAAAAGUAAAGUAAGGGAUUACUCUAAUCGUUCCUGUAAUUUAAUUACCAAUACUUCUGAUGUAAUUAAACUAAUUACUUUGUGUAAUAUGUGUUUGCAAUAGUGGAACAGAUAUCAAAUCUCA